AUGGCUCCUAACAUUCCAGAGAAGCAGUGGGCUCAAGUCAUCGAGAAGACUGGAGGACCGAUCGAUUACAAAGAGAUCCCAGUCCCUAAGCCUGGACCAGAUGAGGUUCUCAUAAACAUCAAAUUCUCUGGUGUCUGCCACACAGAUCUCCAUGCAUGGAAAGGAGAUUGGCCCCUGCCCACCAAACUCCCAUUGGUCGGCGGUCACGAGGGUGCAGGCGUAGUCGUAGCACGAGGUGACCUGGUGAAAGACAUCGAGAUCGGUGACCAUGCAGGCAUAAAGUGGCUCAACGGAUCCUGCCUCCAAUGCUCCUUUUGUCAAACAGCCGAUGAGCCCCUCUGCCCCAGCCCUAUUCUCUCGGGUUACACUGUCGACGGUAGCUUCCAGCAAUACGCGAUCGGCAAAGCUGCCCACGUAGCCCGCAUCCCCAAAGACGUGCCCUUGGACGCAAUUUCCCCAAUCCUCUGCGCGGGCAUAACCGUCUACAAAGGCUUGAAAGAAUCCGGCGCCCGACCAGGCGAGACAGUCGCCAUUGUCGGCGCAGGAGGUGGUCUCGGCUCCUUAGCCUGCCAGUACGCAAAGGCUAUGGGUCUACAAGUCAUCGCCAUCGACACCGGCGACGAUAAGAAGAAGAUGCUGGAGGGCGAGCUGGGCGUUAAGGCCUUCAUCGAUUUCGCGAAGACAAAGGAUGUGGUCCAGGAUGUGCAGGAGCAGACAGAAGACAAGACGGGGCCUAAUGCUGUGCUUGUCGUUGCUGUAAACGAGGGGCCGUUCCAGCAGGCGAUGGAUUAUGUGAGACCGAGAGGCACGGUGGUGGCGAUUGGGCUGCCUGCGAAUGCGUUCUUGAAGGCGCCGGUCUUCCAGACUGUGACGCAGAUGAAGACGAUUAAGGGGAGUUACGUGGGGAAUAGGAAGGAUACGCAGGAGGCGAUUGAGUUCUUUAGGAGGGGGCUCAUCAAGGCGCCAUUCAAGACUGUGGGCUUGAGUGAGUUGAGCAAGGUCUAUGAGCUAAUGGAGCAAGGCCAGAUUGCUGGACGAUAUAUCGUGGACACGAGCAAGUGA